GCGGCCCAGGGCCCGGGCGGCGCAGGGCAGGACCGGGCGGCCCCGCCGCUCGCACACACCGCGCCGGGCGCCCCGCUCCGCCGCAGCGGCGGGCAGCACCGUGAGCGGGGCCGGGCCGGGAGCGGAGCGGGAAGCGGGGCGGGCCAGGCCAGGCGGGGGGCGGCGGGACGGCGCGGGGGGGGCGGCGCGGAGCGGAGCUGCCGGCUCAGCACUUUCGGCAGAACAAUGGGGCCGGGCGGGGGGGCGGGAGGGGCCGGGCCGGGGCCGGCGGCGGCAGCAGCAGCAGCAGCAGCAGUGGCUCCGCUCCGCCGCCCCCCGGCUGACGCCGCCCCGCUCCCCCCGCAGGCAGCCCCCAUGGCCAAGCAGCCCCCCGAGGUGAAGGCUCAGCGGCCCGGCGAGCGGCUGCCGGCGGCGGAGGGGCCGGGCCCGGCCGCGCAGCUGCGCCCCGGAGCUCCCGCCGCCCUGCCCGGCUCCGCCGCCGCGCCGGGGCCUCCGCCGCGGGGUCCCCCCGCCAGCCCCGGCCCGUUCGCCACCCGCUCGCCGCUCUUCAUCUUCGUGCGGAGGUCGCCGCUGCUGUCGCGCUCCUCCAGCGGGUACUUCUCCUUCGACGCCGCCGAGCGCAGCCCCGGGCCCCUGAGCUGCGACAAAGCCACGCAGACCCCCAGCCCGCCCUGCCAGGCCCUCAGCCACUGCCUCAGCGCCAUGGCCUCGCGGUGGCCGUCCCCCUCGCUCGCAGAAGAUCUGCAGCCCGAGAUCUGGAUCGCACAGGAGCUGCGGCGCAUCGGUGACGAGUUCAAUGCCUCCUAUUGUCCCAGACGGGGUUUCUGGGAUGCACCGGCCGGACACCCCCAGGUCAUGGUCCUGCGCCUCCUGCGCUACAUCGUGCGGCUGAUGUGGAGGAUGCAGUGAGCGCGUGUUCCCUCUCGCGACAGCCCAGGACGGAUGGACAGACGGACACGGGGCUCCCGCCGCUCCCCAGGACACAUGGACGGGGACGGACAUCCCGCGGGGACCCCCUGGUGCCGGAUUUGUUCUGAGAGUGGUGUUUACUGCGUUUCUCUCGACUCUACUAGUUUUUAUUAAGAUUUUUUCCAAAAGAGUCUCAGAGAAAAUAACAGCAAUGGAGGAACUUAUAUAUAUAUAUAUAUAUAUUUGUCAUCGCUUCCUGGAGAUCAGUGAGCGUGUUGGGCCUUUUGGGAUGGCAGAGCCACCUUUUGGGAUGGCAGAGACCGGCCGAGCCCUCGCCCACCAAAAUAAUGGUGAUGACAGAAAAAGGGCAGAGGGAUUUAAAUCAGCACUUCUUUUACCUGUAAAUACCUAACGCCGCCCCAAAUCCACCUUCGUUUGCGUCAUGCGAGUAGCCGAUUUCCUGCUGACUGAUUUAUCUUAUAUAUAUAUAUAUUUGGUUUGGUUUUUACACUCUGAAUUUCAAGACUCAGCUGUCAGAGUCCCAGGGUCCAAAAUAUCACAGCCAACCAAAAAACCACCAAACCAAUCCACCAGGUUGCCUUUUUUUGUUUGUUUUUCUUAAGAAAUCCUUUCUAUAAAACGUGUGAAAACACUUACAUAUUAUAUAAUAUUAUAUAUAAUAUAUAACGUUGGCGACUGAGGCAAUUCAGCAAUAACCCCUUCUCCAAGGCAGGAAAAUCCGCAGCUUUGCACCGGGAGACGGCGGCUCCUGCUCCGUGUCAUGUCAGGAACUGUUGGAAGUCGUGGCUUUGGUACCUUCCCGUGGAAGCCGGGGGGGUUUUAAGGCUGGAUUUUUAAUUGUUUUAAUCAUUAUUUCUAUGGUGGGAUGCUCUGUGUGGAGGAGAGGGCAGGAAGGCGCCUGAGGAUGCUCGUGCGCAGGGAUGCAGCUGCAAGAGGCGCCUGAGGAUGCUGCGACCUGGUACCCACCCAUGGGCUCUGCUCACCCCCAAAAAACACCUUCCAGCCCCAAAACCACCCUCCAGCCCCCGCAAUCUCCCAUCAGUUCGUCUCGGCUGCUGCACAGCGGGCGCUUUUUUGGGGGGGUGGCAGCUCUGGCCACCCCCAUAUCUAUGCACAGACUCUGCCUCCCGAGCUGCCCCUUUGGGGCAGGUUCUCCCCAAACCCACUUCCAACGCCAAACCGUGGCUACGGAGCCAAUUUUAACUUUCAUUUUAAGUUUUGUAUUAUCUUAACGUUUUUAUUAUGUCUUUUUGGACCUGCAGGAUGAGCAGCGGUUGCAGGAGUUGCCUCGGCUGCCGGAGCCGGGGACGUUUUAGGGACAAAAAGGGUAUUCUGGAGAGGCUGCGAUGAGACUUUUGGAGUGUGAGCGGUUAAACUAUUCGGUGAGCUCGGCCAGGGCAGGUUCCUGCCCUUUGGGUUUGGCUUCACCAUCCUCUUGGUUUUGGCUUCACCGUAGCUGUUUUCUGUAGCAUUUAUAUAGAAAAACCCCAGCAGGGAGCUGGCAGCUGCAGGUUUCCCAUGGGGACCUAUGUGGAGUUGCAUGGCUGUGGAUAAAGGUUUUAAAUAUAUAUAUAUAUGUAUAUAAAAUUGGCAAAUGAGAUGUUUGUCCCCCAGUUGAGUGGAAACGGUGCUUUUGGGGUCUCGCAGCCUUAUGGCAUCGCCACACCGCCCAGAAUGUGUCCCUUGGAGUACACCAAAGAAAUGCCGAGCACUUUACCCCGUCCUCCAAAAUGUACAGUCAUUUUAAGGGAAAACAACCGAGUAUUGGCACUGUCAGCCUGGGAGGUGUCCCUGGCCAAAAGGUAGGAAAAUAGCCCCCCCAAUAUAACCACGUUUCACCCCGGUGACAUUCAGGGGAAAACAAACCUCAACUAUCGCUAAACAGAAUGAUGUUUUAAAUAGCGCGUUAAAUAAAUAUUCAGUAUAUUCUGCGUGUUUUAGCGGCGCUGGGUGCGAAUGGGGAGUUUUGGUGGGGGAAGCAGAUCCCACAGGACAUGUUAACGCUUCGCUGUAAAUACCUGGAUAUUUAUUAGAGGAUGGCGCCGUAUUAUUUUCAUCAUCUGAGCCAAAUAUCUGUGUGCAAUGUAUUUCCUUGCCUCUCUCUCCUGUCAGUUUUGUACAGCUUAUAAAUCAGACAAAAAAUGGAAAAAAAUUACUGUUUUUUCUAAACUUUUUUAGAGUCGAACUUGGUAAAUACUGUAGAUUCUUUUUAUUUCCCUUUGUGUAAUUAAUGCACUCUACUGUUCCAUAAUGCUGUAACGUGUAGAAACGUUGUAUAUUUAUUUUCUGCUUAUUUAAGUUCCUGUAAAGAUUUGUGUGGUGUUGCCCCUUCUCCCUGCCCUUCCAAUGAGCGAUGGAUGCGCCUCCCAAAGCACUGUCAGUGCAGCCACCGUGCUUUGAAUAACGAGAUUAUUAUUAAUUAUUAUUAUAAUUCAAGUGCCUACGUCCCACUUCCCAGUAGCGAUUGAGGCACCUCAGACUUCAGCAUUAAUGCCAUUCAGUGAUUUUUUGGCCACUUUCCCCGCAGCAGCAUCAGGUACCCCUGACAAGUCACUAAGUCAUUUCACAGGACCCAGCGUAUGUAGCAUUUUUACUGCAAUUUCCCUGCCUUUCCUUGUGUUUUGCACUGAUGAAUUUUUGGACAGGGUAAUUGCCACUUUACUUGUGCAAUACUGCUGUAAAUAAUUGCAGAUCUUGUUUUUUUUUUUUUUUUUUUUAAAUGCAAUCUUUUACGUACUUAAUAAGUUUUAUAUGAAUAAAAGUUUUCAACUAUU